AAAAAGACAGAGAAGAUGAGAAAAGAGUGAGAAAUGAUGUGAAAGAAGAUAUCUAUUGCUCUCGCGUAUAUCAUUUCUCAGUUUUGUCCAAAUAAUUUUAAGGUAAACGUUAUCAAUUGCCAUUUUUACUCGACUAACCUUAACAUUAAAACAAUGUUCAACUAAUUUCUCCUUUUAUAGCAAAGUUAUUAUAACAAUUGAAAGUCAUCAGUGAUAAGUUAAUCUUCAUCAGUUUCAUCCCUUUCAUCCUCUUCAUCAUCAUCAUCAUCAUCACCAAUAAUUUUAGCAACUUUUAUCAUUUCCCUUUUGUUUCUAGUUCAGUGAAAGAGAAGCAGAAAAAGGAUAAAAAUUGUUCCUAUUCUUAGUUAAACCUUAUUUCAAAUUGGAAUUAACAAUUGUGAUAAAUUUCAAUUUUGUGAUUUUCCAUUUUUCGUCGUUUAAAUUGUUUGUGAUAUUCAACAAUAAAAUUGUGCUUCACUAAUUGUUACCAGCAAGAAGAAUAAAAAUUUAGUGAAAACUCAAGUGUGCAUUAAAUUGAAUAAAAAGUGAAGUGCAAACAAAACAAGUGAACAAUCAGUUUUUUGGUAAAUUGAUUGGUGCUUCAUGAAAACAAACUGAGAACAAGAAUGAACAAUUUGGAUUAUCAUUUACAAUCAGCUAAAUAUUUUUAAAGCCUCAAAAUUGACCGGUCACUGAAUUCCGGAAGUGCUGUUUAUCUCCCCAUAGAUUGAGAUAUAAGGAGGAAUGGAGAGACAUGGAUCUGGAAGUAAAUACAUCCGAAGCUCGGGUCAGUACAUCAACAGUUACUUGCAAAGCAUCGGAUCAGGCAGAGUAUAUGGCAGUACCAGAGGCAACACUAGAUUCGAGUCAACCCUUGGACUUGGAGUCAACAGGCAACCUAUUAACUCUGUCAACCGGUUCAACCUUCCUUUCCCUUUGGCCUUGGCUUCGGUAUGUUGAUGAAGAAGCAGAUGGAUCAAGUAGUUAUGGUGAUCAAAUAGACCCAUCAUUGGUAUCCACUGUUAGUCCGUUAGUAUUAACCGAGUCAGCAUUGAUCCAAGGUGCUCAACCUGGACCCAUAGAGUCUCCACAUUUCAUUGACAGUAGGGAUAAAAGUGGUAAACAGUUUCCAUCCAGUGCAAUGGAACCAGCUUGUACCCUUACCAAGUCCAAUGUGAUUGCUAUCGAACCGUGUAUAAAGCGUCCCUUGGGUCGCCUAAGAAGUGGCUCAAGUGGAGCACCAAGGUUUAGUAAUAGUGCAACCGGGGAAAAGGUGAAAGGAGGUCCAGCUGAUAGGAGAGCAAGCUGUGUAAAUCGGGUCGAUUUUCCUCCUUCGUUUUACCUCCACCGUACACGACGAUUAUCACGUAAGCAGCUUUCAUCUGAACGUGAAGGUUCAUCUUCAUCUUCAGCUUCUGCAGAACCAAUCACCAAUCCGGACCUGCCUUAUCCUGACUACACUGAACUUUCAUUUCGAUGUCUAAGUCAAUAUUCACCAGUUCGUCGAGUCUGUCUGGCCAUGAUUUCCAAUCCAUGGUUUGAGCGAAUCAGCAUGAUGGCAAUCCUGUUGAACUGUAUAACUCUUGGAAUGUAUCAACCCUGUGUCGAUGAAGUUUGCCAUCGGUCACAAUGUAAAGCUCUUCAAGUUUUCGAUGACAUGAUAUUUCUCUUCUUUGCUGCUGAAAUGUUCAUCAAAAUGACUGCCAUGGGAAUCAGAGGAUCAAAAGGAGCUUAUCUAUCGGAAACUUGGAAUAGACUUGAUUUUUUUAUUGUCAUUGCAGGGUAAGAGAACCUUAACCUUUCAACUGAAAUCUGAUAAUUGCAACUC